CCAGCCCCGAGGCUCAGAAGCGGCCGGCGGAGGCGCGGUCCGGGCGCUACGGCCCUGCCCGGCGGGGCUCACGCGGCUCCGGCGCGCCUCCGGUAGGGGACGCCCGGGGACCGGCCGGCACGGCAAUGCUGCUGGAGACACAGGACGCGCUGUAUGUGGCGCUGGAACUGGUCAUCGCCGCGCUGUCGGUGGUGGGCAACGUGCUGGUGUGCGCCGCGGUGGGCACGGCGAACACGCUGCAGACGCCUACAAACUACUUCCUGGUGUCCCUGGCUGCGGCCGACGUGGCCGUGGGGCUCUUCGCCAUCCCCUUUGCCAUCACCAUCAGCCUGGGCUUCUGCACUGACUUCUACGGCUGCCUCUUCCUCGCCUGCUUCGUGCUGGUGCUCACGCAGAGCUCCAUCUUCAGCCUUCUGGCCGUGGCAGUGGACAGGUACCUGGCCGUCUGUGUUCCUCUCAGGUAUAAAAGUUUGGUCACGGGGACCCGAGCAAGAGGGGUCAUUGCUGUCCUCUGGGUCCUUGCCUUUGGCAUCGGAUUGACUCCAUUCCUGGGGUGGAACAGUAAAGACAGUGCCACCAACAACUGCACAGAACCCUGGGAUGGAACCACGAAUGAAAGCUGCUGCCUUGUGAAGUGUCUCUUUGAGAAUGUGGUCCCCAUGAGCUACAUGGUAUAUUUCAAUUUCUUUGGGUGUGUUCUGCCCCCACUGCUUAUAAUGCUGGUGAUCUACAUCAAGAUCUUCAUGGUGGCCUGCAGGCAGCUUCAGCGCACUGAGCUGAUGGACCACUCAAGGACCACCCUCCAGCGGGAGAUCCAUGCAGCCAAGUCACUGGCCAUGAUUGUGGGGAUUUUUGCCCUGUGCUGGCUACCGGUGCAUGCUGUUAACUGUGUCACUCUUUUCCAGCCAGCUCAGGGUAAAAAUAAGCCCAAGUGGGCAAUGAAUAUGGCCAUUCUUCUGUCACAUGCCAAUUCAGUUGUCAAUCCCAUUGUCUAUGCUUACCGAAACCGAGACUUCCGCUAUACUUUUCACAAAAUUAUCUCCAGGUAUCUUCUCUGCCAAGCAGAUGUCAAGAGUGGGAAUGGUCAGGCUGGGGUACAGCCUGCUCUCAGUGUGGGCCUAUGACCUAGGCUCUCGCCUCUUCCAGGAGAAGAUACAAAUCCACAAGAAACAAAGAGGACACGGCUGGCUGAUUCUCAUUGUGAAAGAUAGCUACACCUCACAACGAAAUGGACUGCCUCUUGAGCACUUCCCUGGAGCUACCACGUAUCUAGCUAAUAUGUAUGUGUCAGUAGUAGGCUCCAAGGAUUGACAAAUACAUUUAUGAUCUAUUCAGCUGCUUUUACUGUGUGGAUGAUGCCGACAGCUUGAAUGGAUUCUAACAGACUCUUUUGUUUUUAAAAGUCUGCCUUGUUUAUGGUGGAAAAUUACUGAAACUAUUUUACUGUGAAACAUUGUGAACUAUUAUAAUGCAAAUACUUUUUAACUUAGAAGCAAUGGAAAAAUAAACAUUGGCUGUACUAAAAAUGUAUACUUGUUCCCAGGAAGGUGACCUCAAAAAUUAAAACUAUAAUUAUUCAGCUGGGCGACGUGGCUCACACCUGUAAUUCCAGCACUUUGGGAGGCCAAGGCAGGCGGAUCACGAGGUCAGGAGUUCAAAACCAGCCUGUCCAAUAUGGUGAAACUCCGUCUCUACUAAAAAAUACAAAAAUUAGCUGGGUUAUGGUGGCACAUGCCAGCUACUCGGGAGGCUGAGGCAGGAGAAUCACAUGAACCCGGGAGGCGGAGGCUGCAGUGAGCCCAGAUUGCAUCACUGCACUCCAGCCUGGGCGACAGAGUGAGACUGUCUCAAAAAAAAAAAAAAAAGUAUAAUUAUUCAAUCAAGAAACUGCUGUAUUAAUUUAGGGAAAUGAUAGUCUCAUAAGUCAAAUUUUCAUCACAUAAUUUUAAGCUCCAUCCUUUUCCAUAUACAGAAAACUACUCGUGGGGAAGAAAGUGGUGAAAUGGGAUCCCUCCUCUACCAAAUUCUGCCUUCUAGGGCUAGACACGGAAUUUUGCUUCUCUCCAAAGUUCAAGUUUGGUUAAGUUCUUGGAACCCAAAGUGUGAAAAUUUUACUAAGUAAAAUUAUUUAACCAUGUUUAUAUUAGGUUAAAUAAAAAUAAAACUUCUUAAAAAGACAA